CACUUAAAAGAGCCGUUCAAAAGACUGACUCGUUCACGAACGUCACAUCUCUGCACGGUACACGGAUGAACUAGAACAAACGGAAGUGUUCGCAUUAGAAUGAGUCUAGCCGUAUAAUUCCUCCACGGAGCCGUUUUUUUACACCUUUUUCUACUUUUUGAUUAUGUUACAUACACAUUGAAAGGUCUGACACUGAACGGAAAUGGAGGAGAUAAAGACCGAGCCUGUGGAUUUUGUAAGGGAAUUUCAAGAGUACCUGACCCAGCAAACCCAGCAUGUCAACAUGAUCUCAGGCUCCAUCUGCGGAGAGAAAGAGGCAGGAGAGCCACAGUUUCAAGCAGUUGCUCCUCGGAGUGAGCAGAACGGGCUGGACCCUGUUCCUGUGGAGGUGAACCUGCCGUUAGAGGAUGGACCAGAUGUUCAUGUGGACGGCCUGGAGAGGACUUUCGAUGGGAAAUAUAAGUGCAGCUACUGCAGCUAUGCCAACAAGGGGAUGGCUCGUCUAAUAGAGCACAUCCGCAUCCAUACAGGAGAGAAGCCUCACCGCUGCCAGCUCUGCCCAUUUGCCUCAGCCUAUGAGCGACAUCUGGAAGCCCACAUGCGCUCUCACACCGGAGAGAAACCAUACAAGUGUGACCUCUGCGCCUUCCGCUGUAGCGACCGCAGCAACCUGUCGCACCACCGCCGCCGUCGCCACAAGCUCCUCCCCUCAAGAGUUGUCCGCUCUCCUUUCACCAAAAAAGGGAUGUUGGGUUCUCUUCAGAAGAGGACCGGCCCACUGGGCUUCAGCAGACGGCUGCUCAUCAACUUUAACUCUCCUUCAAUGGUGAUGCCAAAGUCAGAUUAUAUGAGUGAUUUUUCUGACAAGAUCCACCAUCCUUUUAAUGGCAGUGAGUAUAGGAAUCAUAACAGGAUGGAUGAGAACGAUGGUCACAACAGAGGUGCUGCCAAUGGUUUGACUCUUAAUAACCCUCUGGACCAGCUGUCUACACUGGCAGGCCAGCUAGCAGAGCUUCACCCUGAGUCUCAGAGCCCUACAUCUCCUGACAGAGAGUCUUUAAAAGACGAGAAGCCCAUCCUCAUGCAUCAGAUUUCCAAUGAGAACAUUUCAGUGUGUUCAAAUGGAGUUCAGACUUCCCCUCCCAAUAAAGGAUCUCCUACAUCUGGUCACGGGAGCUGCAGUCCUGUUCAUGGCCUCGGCUUUGAAAGCAGCAUGAACACUCUGACUGCAAGUGGGAUUAACAGUCAGCCGGGGACACCUGCUCCUCAUGCACUAACCCAACUGGAUCAGCAGCUCUUGCAGAAAUGUCAACAUUGCGAUAUUCAUUUUGUGGAUAAUAUCCUCUACACUAUUCACAUGGGCUGCCAUGGUUAUGAACAUCCAUUCCAGUGCAACAUCUGUGGCCACUUGUGCACAGACAGGUAUGACUUUGCGUGUCAUUUCGCCCGUGGACAACAUAACAAGUGAUUCAUUGCAACAUAUAUGCGUAUGAAGUCCUCAGCCCUUUUUAUAUUGUCAGUUCAAGGCGCGAUAUUUAAGCCUGUGUAAAACCCUUCAUUGUGAAUGCCAGAAGGCGUGAUGGUGUGAAACAGUCAUCUCAUAGCUGUGCUGGCAUUAGAAAAGUGAAAUCCCACACUGGGACUCCUAGAGCAGAGCUGAGUCACGUAGCUGUUGCCAACUCACAAUAUGAAAAGGGCUUUAUAUAAUGUGGCUGUUCUUAGAAAUUGCAUAUACAGCAAUACACAUAUUGGUUCUGAAUCACUUUUCUUUUAGGUUUCCUUUUUUUUUAUUUCAUGCUCAUUAACUUAACCAGAUUGUUGCCUUACUGCUGCUCUACGUUUCUCCUUAGGGAUGUUCCAAAGUCGCAAAUUUCCUAGUUUAAACAGAAAUUUAAAUUCCAACUAACUGACUUGUCAAAAUGUACGGCAAAGAUUGAGCACAAUUUAUUUACCACGGCUAAACAUAGGAUCGUGGAGUCUGUGGGUAAAGGGUGGUAAAUUGGUUUGCUGACUAGGACUAAAGGCUGAUUUAUACUUCUGCAUCGAAUCGACGGAGUAGCCUACACUGAGGUCCACGUAGCUCCCGCACCUACGCAGAGGCCUACGCAGAGGCCUACGCACGUAGCUGGCGUGCACCUCCUCCAAAAUGUAACUAGGCAUAGAAUUGACGCGGGCCGCAAGCUCUGUGAUUGGUCCGCUCAGCGGCAUUGUGUUUCCCGCAUUUACAGGACUUCUGGGAUCCCGGACAUCAGCCGCACAUCGGCCGUGUAUUUCAUCUCCUCCUCUCUAUUCUUCAUGUCAUCAUGUCUGUAUGAUAAACAGCAAAAUGUAUCAGCUGUAGAUUAACAUAACACGUUCUGAAUCUCUGUGGAAAAGUAAACAGAGAUCGUAGCGGGGCGGUAAGCAGGUGACCGUCUAUCAGAGAGACCACACUGCCCUCAAGCGCUUCGGUGGAGAAUUGCUGUGCGACACGGACACAUCAACGCACAAGUAUGUGGUGCUCAUGUCUGCGUCAGCCCCUGCUGCGUAGGGGUGACGCAGAAGUAUAAAUCAGGCUUAAGGAUAGCAGAGCUAGCACUUCCAGCCUUCGGUCCUCCUUAAAGGUUAACGCCAGUGCCUGUUCUGGUUACAUGUUGUGCCAGUCAGGUAUAUGCCAGCUUACAUACGUACAUACAUGUACGUACAAGAUAGCAUCAGUCAUCUGUGCUUGUUUACAUCUGGGUAGUAAGGCAUUAUAACAUUAUGGUAGAGGCCGUUAACAGGAGCUACAGCCCGGUUUGUGGCAUGUGGCUGUACUAGACACAAGAUAGGAUUUGGAUUGAGGAGAUAUGACGAGUAAUUCUGGCGCCAACAAGUAAGAGUGACAACGUUUUAUCAUGCAGUCAAUUUAGCGCACAUCUUUACUCCUGGCCUUAUUGCUUUUUCUAUAUUGCUGUUUCGUUUUUGAGUAAUAAUAAGAAGUAAAAACGAACCAUGUAUGUUGAACGGCAAACAUCACAAGCUUCAUCAGUGGAAUCCUGGUUUCUGUUUUGACAUUUAUUUAUACCUCACUCCAUGUCUGUUUUUAAUAUUGUUUUUCAGGGUUUUUUGACACCGGUGUAAACACAUGAAAGCUUUUUGAUGACUCUUUAUACCUGGCACUGACCCUCUGAUUAUUAUUAUUUAUUUAUUUCAGUAAGGCAGCUUCCAGAUUCCUUUGCUGGCGCUUUUGUUUUUUACUUAGCUCAUUUUAUAUUUUUUGAGAAAAGAGAAAGCGGAGAUGAGAGUUGGACAUUAUUGUUACUUGGUUAUUUAGGAACUAAAUUUAGACUGUCAUACCAGCUUGAUCAUUGCUGGAAAUGUCCUGGAAAAUGAUCUCUGGAAAAGAUGGGGAACCCUGCCUGGUAUUGAGCAGUUAUGUGAUACUGCACAUACCAGUUGUGAAGUACAUAGUCCUGUCGCCACUACCUUUUUUCAUAGACACUGUAGGGGUAGCUUUUUCUUUUUUCAUCUAAAGUGUAGUUUUUAUGCGUUAAUACUGGUCCAAAGGAAAGACUGGAACUAUUCAAUUUGUUUACUUGUGUAGUUUUCUUGUUAUGGGUUCAAAGGAAAAAUGUGAGAAUAAUGGGCUGACCUAUUUUAAGUCUCAAGCUGUUUAUAAUAAAAACACAGAUGUCAUGGGAAAAACAUGUCACACCAGCUUUUCAAAGAUCAUGCAGACUUCCAGAGUGUUUGUUAAAAGCUUGAUUGAGUUUUGAGGAAAGCUUUGCUUUAAAAAAAUAAACUUUAUUUGAUAAAAGAAAA